AAGUAGCUCAUCUUGGCACUUUUCCCUUCUUCCGGUUUCAGAAAGUUUCUCAGAGUUUUACUUUUCAACAGCAGGUUGUGACUCAGUUUGCGUAUUUGACUUGUGCAUCGUGCACGUGACAGUGCCAGGAUGAUUUACAAGGCUGUCUAAUCCACAGGAUGCAUUAAACUCGGGGGAACGAACAAGAGAGAAGUAAGUGGUGUGACUUCAAGCUGUCAUUUGGCAAGAAGUCAGGUGCAGUCUCUCGAGCGUGACUGAAGGUAUCACACGUAUUGACAGCUGUACAGAAUGGAAGGUAACAGAGAGACCGAUCCACUACUUUCUAGGGGAAAUGGGCUUCGCCAUAGAGAUCUUCAUACAAAUCGCCAUCACAAGGAACUGGUAGACGUUGUAGAUAUGGACAUGCCCAAAUUUCUGCCUAAAUGCCCAGUUACAGUGGAGCCAUACGCUUUUUUCUAUUUCUUUGCCAUACUUUCUUUGUUGUCAAUAUUUCCCCAGUAUUUUUACAAGAGAAUCGGCGAGGAUCUCGGAUAUGUGGGGAAUAAGUCAGAUUCUGGUGCAGGGUGUGAAGGAAGUAAUGGCACAAAUAGUACCAUGUAUGCCUUACAGCAGAAGGUGCAGGCAGAGUCAUCACUAUGGCUAAUGUACACAAGUAUUUGCACCCUGGUUCCAGCAAUCAUUGUCACUGUAUUCUACGGAGGCCACAGUGACACAUUUGGGCGAAAACCAUCCUUGAUUCUACCCUGCAUGGGCUCUUUAAUCAGAAGUGUGUUUACAGUAUUUGCAGUUUAUUUUGAGUGGCCUUUGUGGAGUUUUCUACCAGUGUGUUUUGUUGAAGGACUGUUUGGUCAGUAUGCUACUGCUCUUAUGGGAUGCUUCACAUAUAUCUCCGAUAUUACCACGACAAAGAACCGCGCCUUCAGAAUUGCAAUCACCGACCUCUUGCUGUUAUUUUCAGUCGAGGCUUCUCAAAUCUCAAUGGGGUAUUUCAUUAAACUUUCUCCUAAUUUUCUCAUCCCCAACAUUAUUGUGAUGGGAUCUUUGUGCUUAGCCUUACUGUAUGUUAUUUUUUGUCUACCUGAACUCAUACAGAAGGAUCCCAACGCCAAACUGCUUGAUCUGAAACAUGUGCUCCGAAUGGCUCAGCUGUAUUUUCACAAACCCAGGGAGAAUUUACCAGGAAGAGUGUGGAAGUUGAGACUGUUAUUGCUGGUUUUGUUCCUCAGUGCUAUGUCCAUGGUGUCCAGUUCAACGGUGGACAUGCUGUAUCUACUCAACAGUCCUUUUUGCUGGACUAGUACCCAGAUUGGAUGGUUUAAUGCUAUUAAUGCUUUAAUUAUACAGGCUGGUAGCUUUGUGGGUCUGCUCAUAAUGAGAAAGCUAUUGAAGAUAAAGGAAGCGUAUAUUGCACAAAUGGCCAUGGUGCUGGUGUUUGCCAACAAGAUCCUGGUGGCUUUUGCACAAUAUGACUACAUGAUGUAUAUUUCAUGUUUUGUUAACAUGUUUUUCUUCCUGAUUAUCCCAAUGUUGCGUGCCUUGAUGUCAGAGCAGGUGACACAUCACGAGCAAGGCUCACUAUUUGCCAGCAUCUCUGCUGUUGAGAACUCAUGCAGUUUAUUUGGAGGCACUCUCUUCAAUUCUAUCUACACUGCCACUGUUGCCUGGUUCAGGGGAUUUGUCUAUUUUGUGAUUGCUGCAUUUUAUGUGCUCUCUUUUUCGGUACUAAGUGUGUACUCCUGUAAGACACGUGGUGAGAGCCCCCCUGUGAUAGAAGUUGAAACCCCUGAAGAUGAUGAUGAGGAGGAAAGAUCAAGAAAUAGGGAUGAAAUUAGUUCCUAAAGCAUUUGACUUAAAUUAUUGCCUGAAGAGCAUUUAUAAAGAAUUUUUUGUCGAACUAUUUGCCAUCAAAUUGUCUUUUUACAUCCAAAUAGAAAUGCUGGGAUUUCUUUGAAUUAUACAUUAUAUAAGUAAAUAUUAUUUAUUCUUUUACAUUUUUAUAUAAAAUAUGAACCCUGUUCUCAUCUUAAAUGCUACUAACAAUAUUUAAUCUCGGGUAAGUAUUUAAGGUUAUUUUUUAUAACAUAUCAUGUUGUUUAUAUAUAACAGUAUUUAUAUAUUUACUAAAAAGGUUAAAAGAUGCAUUUAACUUUUCAAUGCUAUGAUAUUUUAAUAAACCUCUGCCAAGGAGGUGGCUUACACUUCUAUUUGUACAUCACCAGCCUAAGUAAAUGUUAUGGAAUCCCUAUGCAUUUUGAUGAAAAUUUCAGAAUAGCUUGAAAAUUGGCUUAAUUAAAAGUGAUUACAUUGAAGUGGUGAUCCCGAAUUACUUUUGGAUCCAAGAAUUUCAUUAAGGAACCUUUAUCAUUGUGAGAUAGGGUUUUGGGCCUUGACCCCAAAAUCAUUGAAAGGUGUUAAAAGGUUAUGCAUGUCCUCUCAACUACCACAAUUUUAUCAGUGUUAAGUCCUUGGUGGAGUCUGCUCUCUCAGAGUGCUUUUAUAGUUAUUGUAUUUAAAUUUUUUUAAAUGCAUUUAGAAGUUUUGCAUAUUAUACAUGUAACUGUUGAAUCAUCAAGUUUAAGCAUAUUUGAAAAGAACAAAAAUAUGAAAGAGUAUGAAGAUCUGAAUGAUUACUUACAAUACAAACACAUGCAAGCAUUACACAUUCAAAAUAUAAAGAAAUGUCUUCAUUUCAUUAUUCUUGAUAGGAUUUUCACAAUAAAAAUUCAUUUACAAGAGUUGGCAUUGUUCCAUGAUAUCCUAACCAUUGGUUCCAUCAAACAGCUCAGAACCUUCAAAAAGAGAAAUUAUACUGAUCCACUAAUAAUCAUCAAUUCAGACUUCUCUUCAUGAUAUUUGUUGUAUAAACAAUUUGGCCAAGACAAGUUGAAAUGAAUAUACCUCUUUUCCUUAUUGUAAUUUCCCAAAUAUAUUUGCCGAUGGGGAUGUCCAGACUCAAUUUCUGGAAUACCCCCUGAUGAAAAUGUGCCUCUGCAUUUUCGAACCUCGUGUUUCAUGCCUUGCAUAAAGCAAAAACUGGUCUCAAAAAAAAAAAAAAAAAAAAAAAA